AGAAUUAGUAUACUCGUCAAUAAUUAAUACAUUUCGCAUUGCAUACAAUCCAAUCCUUUUAUUAGGAGAAGUGAUAAUUUUCACAUAACACGACUCAGUUUCCAUAUUUUCGAACAUACAUAAUGACGUGGUUAUACGACAAUUUAGCAACGUUGAUAUGCUAGAAUAUGCGCUUAGACUAUUUAGUGCAUACCCGACCGCGUUCCUCUUUGAAGCCAAACUAAAACAUUCCAAAGGGGGCUGAAUGGCAUAUUCAAAUUGAAUUCAUUCAAUUAAAUUAUCUUCUUGUCUCUUUCAACUAAGUAGCUAAUAAUAUGCGUCUCAGUGUAGCUCUCGGCAUUAUUGCAGUAUUAGCAGCACAAGUAACUGCUCAAGCCGGUCCAUUGGAUGCUCUGGGAAAGUUAGCUGGUGGCCUGAUUCCAGGUGGUGAUUCAUCAUCAUCACCAGCUGCCCAACCAAGCCCAACUUCAUCAGCUACCCCUACCCAGUCACCAACUUCCAAGCCAAGCUCCAGCACUACCCCUACACCAUCACCAUCUUCUUCAACUGAAGAAGCCCAAUCUGAAGAACCAGUUGCUGAGAGACAAGAGUCAUCCGACGUAGAGCCAGUCAAGGAAGAUGAUGAGCAAGAGACAACUGAGGAAGAUGUACAACCAGCUGAAGAGCAAGUCGACCAACAACAAGAUGAGCAACCAGUUGACGAACAAACACAACAAGUUGAACAAUCAGCUGAUGAACAAGCACAACCAGCUGAGGAGCCUCAAAUUGACGAACAACCAGCAGCUGGAGAGCAACAAGACGAGCAAUCAGUGGAGGAGCAACAGCAACAAGAUGAGCAACCUGCUGAAGAACCACAAGACGAGCAACAAGCUGAGGAACAACAACAAGACGAGCAACCAGCGGAGGAGCAACAGCAACAAGACGAGCAGCCUGCUGAAGAGCAACAGCAACAAGAUGAACAAUCUGCUGAAGAACCACAAGCUGAGGAGCAACAACAAGACGAGCAAGCAACUGAAGAACAGCCAGCAAAGAGAGGAACUUCAAACUUCAUGCGUGGAUACAAGAGACUUACACGUUCACUUAAGAGAUCUGCACCAGGAUCCAGAAAGAUCAACUAA